GCAUGAAUUAGUUCACUUAUGUAGGGUGCCGUUUUUGAAGGAAUAAAGCAGAAGACGCUAUUCACCGUUUUAAUUUUAUAAGUCUCAUGCAUUUAAAUUGCAGUUGCUUAACAAUGUAUAUCUGAAUUUACUCAUGCUUACCCACAAACUGCAGCUUCCACUUGAACGGAUGUUUUCCUUCAGUUCCGCCGGCUCAAGUGCGCCGGAACUGAGCGUGACAGCUGGUGAAAGUAAGUCACUGCAAUUAUACAAUACAUAUAUUUAGUCGCCUUAAAUAACUUAACUAGACAACUGCAAUGUUACGGUGUCAGCAUAUUCUGCUCGGCCUUGCGGUCACACUAUGCUGUGGCGUCAGUUUCGCACAGUAUUCUUCGAAUAUGUUCCUCAAUGGUGAAUACCAGAAUGGCAUUAAGGCGAAUCCAAGUAAAACGAACGCAAUAAAUCCAUCAUCAAAUAUCUUUUUGGAACAUGCAAUUAUCAGUCGACAGGCAUCACCCUUCCAGGGACCCACCUAUUUGCCACCUGAGGAAAUUCUAAAAUGUUCCGCUGGCAAACAAUGUGUUUUGCAGGGACAGUGCGCGGAUGGCUACUUUUCGAAUCCAUCGUUGAAGCAACAAAACUGCAAACCAACAACACAUACCUGCUGCAUAUACCGUCCACCACCACCAACAACAACAACAACAACCGAACGUCCAUAUGACGUUUGCGCCAAUAAUUACGACUGUGUGUCAACACGUUAUUGCAAUAACGGUGAAAUCGAUUCGGCCGAUUACAUUCAGAAGAGCAAGAACGCUCGCUGUUACGCUCCUGAUGUUUGUUGUCGCAUACCCUCCACCACCCUAACCGAUGAUGGUUAUGUAUUACGUACGCCAGAAGUGAAAUUCACCAUUCCCACAACCGGUAGAACCGUUCAAUAUUCUACUACACAAGAACAACAAUUGUCUUCGCCACGUCUGCCAGCAACGACGCCACAACGCGAAUAUUUGCCACCAAGCACUUAUCCAACCACACCAAAACCCGUAACUCCACGCAAUGAAUAUCUACCACCCACACCAAGUGCACCACCUCGUCAAGUAUACACACCAUCGUCAUAUCAACCCGUCCCCACGCCAUCAAGAGCGCCUCCAGCACCACAACCUCAACCACAACCUCAACCUCAGCAGCCUCUACAACCACGUCCCCAACCACAGCAACCACAGCAGCCUUUCCAACCACGUCCCCAACCUCAGCCACAGCCGCAACCACGUCCACAACCACAACCCCAACAACCACAACAGCCUUUGCAACCACGUCCCCAACCUCAGCCACAACCACGCCCUCAACCACAACCUGCUCCAAGGCCACAAAAUGAAUACUUGCCGCCACGCCAUGAAAACGUACCGCUCGACUAUCAUGUGACACAACCUUCGAAUACUGUCACACAAACUGUGACCGCAGCACCACCACGUGUACCAAAGCCCACACCACCACAACGCGGUGAAGACAUUCUAUCGCUACCGCUUGACAACCGUCAGCACUUGUCUAAAUGUGCUUCGGCUUUGGAAUGCACGCCGGAGAACUUCUGCAACAGCAUAGGCGUGAUAACCGAUCAGCCCGUCGACAUUAGUCCCGCCGCAGCCGCUUUCCGUGUCCCUCUCACCGAUUGUCUGCUUGAAAACGGUGCACCUGGAAAGUGCUGUCGUGAUGCCAACUAUGUUGAUCCAUGGCCCAUCAAUUUGGCUGGUGUCUGUGCCGCCAGAAAUACGAACACCAAACCUCAGGGUAUUCAAGAUAUUGACGCUAACUUUGGUGAAAUUCCAUGGCAAGCAAUGAUCCUCAAGGAAUCGACGAAGACUCUACUCGGUGGUGGCGCUAUUAUUGGCGAUCAAAUCGUCUUGACAGCAGCCUCAGUGGUUAAAGGUGUCUCUCCAAAUGACGUGAAAGUUAAGGGCGGUGAAUGGGAGUUGGGACGUGACAGUGAGCCACUGCCCUUCCAAAUUGUCGGUGUUAAGUCCAUUGAUAUCCAUCCGGAAUACAAUCCUUCAACUGGCUCGAAUGACAUGGCUGUGCUACGCUUGGAUAAGCGCAUUGAAUUCGCUCAACACAUCAAGCCCAUCUGCGUUACUAAUGAAGAUCCCAAACCCAAUGAGAAAUGUAUUACCACCGGUUGGGGUAAACAAGCGAUUAGAAGUCACGAGGAGGGCGCUGUCAUGCACGUAUCCGACACAGUAGCACAAUCGCGCGCCGAUUGUGGUGCCGAUGAAAGCAGCGUCUGCAGUGCCGUUGUACAUGAUCCUUGUCUCUUCGAUGUUGGCAGCGCUUUGGCAUGCGGCAGCGGUUCAAGUGUUAUGCUCAAGGGUAUAUAUGCCGCUGAGAAUGCCUGUGGUGAUGGACAAACUGUACGCUUCUCGAAACCAGAUCUCAAAUGGGUUAACGGUUUCUUCACAAUACAAAACAAAGAUAAACUGCUCAAGAAGCGACGUGUGUAAGGUGUGCUUUAGAUGCGAAAAAGACUUAAGAAAUAUUGAGUGACCUUAGUUUAGCAAAUAUCAAACGACAUUAUACCACACACAACAUCUCUAAACUCUAGUAU